UAUGAUCAACCAGUGCGGACGAACUAUCCACUCAGCAGGCGAUAUCAUCUACUCACAAGGCGGGCUUUACUAUCCUCCAAAUACCAACUGUACGGUUACCAUAGCAACACCCACUGGUGAUGGUCGAGUGUUCUUACAGCUCCUUGAAAGUGAAUUAAAUUCAAAUGAAGAUUGCAAUGAUGACUACCUUGAGAUCGAUGACAUCAGUAAUGCCAUCGACAAGAGGCGGAUCUGUGGCACGACGUCGCCCAUGGAAGUGAUUUCUGAGGGCUCCUUUCUCCGUCUUCAUCUGGUCUCUGACGGGAUCGGGAAUGGACGUGGCUGGUUUGGGGUUUUCACAAGCGUUCUGCCAGCAGGUAUCUCCCUCUGUCUAGGUUAUGAUAGAUUCCAAUGCAGCAACGGUCGUUGUAUACCUUCUGUUCUUCGAUGUGACUCAGUCAACCACUGUGGCGAUAGCUCGGAUGAAACAAUUGGGUGUGAAGAUGAGCUUCCAUAUUACCUUGGAGAUGGGGUGAUAAAGAAAAAUGAAGCUGUUUACAUCGGGCUUGCCAUUGGUUUCACUGCCAUCUUUGCCAUCUACUUCGCAGCUGUUUGCACCCGGGACACGUGCAAACAAAUCAAACGCAGGGUGAAGAAAUUAACAACCAGGGAGCCGGAAGAGGACAAGGUCCCAACCGAAGACGAGUUUGAGGCAGAGCUUCGACAAGCACUAAUGGGUAGUCAAAUGUAUGAUAGACGGGUUAGCCAGCCUUAUGAUACUACCCUGAAUACCAUCACCGGUGGGGAGCUUGCCCGGCAGCUCAAGUUAGAACUUCGAAAGAUCCAGGAGAAUGGAACAGACCCUGGGCAUCGUCGGUCAAAUCCCCAGGCCGCAAUGCAAAGGUCCGUCAAUUACAGUUAUGACAAAAUUAAUAGCACUACCGAAUUGAUUCAUCUUAUUGAUAGGGAGAACAAUAAUCAUUCUGACCAUGGUCGAGACAAUUAUCACUACGUUCCUAGCCCUCAAAGUGAGCAUAGAUUAUCUUUUGAAUACAUUCCAAGCGUUGUAGUUAGCGAGGAUGGCGAGGAGAACAAAAAGGCAGUAUUGUAUGAUCCUGCUGAAGAUCUGGGUAUGCCUAGAAAUUCCUUACAUGGUCUAUACAAGAAACGAUCUUCAAAAUCUAGUGUUUCAUCUAUUCCGGAAGAUCAAUUGCCUUCACAUUCAGGAGGAGAUCCUUCUACUGACCCUAGGAAGGUUGGAACGUUUUCCAGGUUUAGUGUUAAAGCAGUUCCUGAAGAUAAGUUGCAAUCAAACUCAGAUCAAAGUCGGAGUAAAGGUGUUUCCCGUUUUAAAGUUAAGUCAGUUCCCGAAGAUAUGUCAUCUAAAUCAGUGCAGGAUGAUUCAUCCACUCUGGUACAAUCCUCACCAUCUAGAACGAGGUUUAGCGUGUCUAGGAUUCCUGAAGACAAAACCCAGGUACAACCCCAAAUUCAAAGAUCUAGUUCAACACCUACUUCGUCCAAAUUUAGUGUUAGUUCAGUUGAUGAGAGUGAAAUGAGGAAGGGAGAUGCAUCGCAGGCAAGAAGAGCUAGUGAUGUUCCUGAUGGAGAUAUCCCAGCAGAUAGAUAUCUCCAAGUGCCUUCACAUCGGAGAAGUUUCGCUGGUGUUGGAAGAACAGUAUCGUCUGUCUCAAAGCAACCAUCGAGCCGCUUCGCCAUGCAACUUGUUGAAGACCCUCUUCAGGAAAAAGCAACUGAUUCAAAAGAUCGCAGCCUUAAAAAUGAUUCAGAAAAAAGUACAGAGAUUGAUUCUGGUGUCAAAUCAGAUGUUGGCGAUAAAAUGUCAGUACCUGCGAAGAAAAAUCCUAGUCGUUUCACAGUGCAGAGGGUAGAAGAAGAGCCAAAGGAUGCAGAGCCAAAGAAACUUAUAAGCAUUUUGAAGAAAUUUGAAACCCUACCUGAUGGCACUCGUUCGUACACCAAACAAUCGAGCCGUGGACGGGUUCGCAGAGCUAGCGAGGGUGCGUCCUUAGACAGUCCUGAUGGUGAGGAUGAUCUCCCUGCUUUACCAGCUACUGUCCAUGGGUUUACCAGCGUCAAAUUCUGGGACGAAAAACAUGGGACAUAUUCGUAUAUCUCUCAUCUAUGACAACACAGCAAUGCAUUAAUUGACUUUGAUUAUGUAUGACUUUGUUUGAUUUUUAACUAAUGAAGGGAAGUAGAUUUGUGUGUGACUAUACGGUAUAUCUUGGCCUCAAUAUUAGCAGAGUCAACAAGAAAUUGAGGUAAAUUGAAUGUGUCUAUUUAGGUAAGCAUAACACUUUUUAAACUCAAUAACUCCAAAACUAGGAGUGAAUUGGUUGGAAGCAUACACAAGAGCCAUCAUGUCUCAAUCAAUGAGUGACAUUUAGCUGUUAAUGACUGGAACAACUUUCCGAUCUGAGAUGUGAAUAAUUGAUUAACGCUGCCAUGAAUUUGUGAAAAUAAGAUAUAGGUUCUGACACAGUGCCGAUUUGAGGUAUAGAUUAAAGAGCAGUUCCUAUAUACCUAUUAGGCAGCCGGCAUCUUGGAAUCACAAAUCUGUAUGCAUAGCUACGAUUUUCUUGUAACUCUGAAGAUACAAGCAGUGGUGGAUCCAGGGGGGGGGGGGGUCACAUCCGGCCCAUGCCGCCCCCCCCCCUUUGAGUUGAGAGCCAUAGUCAAUAUUUUUAAUGUUAAUAUGCCGUUCCCCUCUUUUGAAAGUUACAGCAUAUUUUUAAUGGAAAUAUGUCGUUCCUACACAAGUGAGGACCUUUUUUUUGUUAUUCCGGAAAUCCCCCCCCCCCUUUAGAAAAUCCUGGAUCCUCCCCUGGAUACAAGAAUAUAUUUUGUCUUAAGACAAUUUUCAGAAUAUGGCCCCAGGAGAGUUGAUCAGUUUCAAGUCAUUUAAUAACUGCUCAGAUUCUUUUGGGGAGAUUCUAUUUUUCGUAUUCUACCAUUUGUUGUUUGCAUACCCAUAUUUUUUAAUGCAGAGAUAUACUUUUCAGUCAUAGUAUUUGGCCCAUUUUAUAUGCUAUACUUUGAGAACUGUUCUUACAAAAGUUUGUUAACAAAAGUUUAUUAAUGGAAGAUUGUUAACAAAGGUAAUGGGGACACUUUGAUGACGUGGUACAUGGCCAGCUUAUAAGGAAUCUUCUACAUCACAAUGAUAUUACAUUAUUUAUUCAGCCUGUUAGAGACUCCAUAAAGUAUUGUAGAAAUUGCCUUUGUAAUCAAUAAUUUAUGAUUUCUCUCACUUUCUUCAAACUUUCACCAUUUUGCUUCUCAGAUUUCUUUUUUAACUUGUCACUUGGUGCGAAUUCCCUUUGAAUUAAAGACAUUUGUCCUCGGAUUGAAGUUUGAAUGUGAGAUUUUGUCUAAUUUAGACGAUUAGUUAUAUUUAUUUACUUAUUUAAUCCUAAAUCAGAAAGAUGUAUUUCAAAAAAUAUAUAGGCUUAAACACUGUAUAUGUCUGAUUUCAAUGAGAGUUGUUGUGUGUUGUUCCAGUCGAUUUUAAAAACAAAUUAUUUUAAACAAAAUAUGUUUUGACCUGAAAGUUACUAACACGAUGGUAAUAUGGAGGAGUUGGAGACUGGUCAAAAGUUGCUGCUUUAAUCUGAAAUGACAAAGAUUUAAUUAUCAUUAAUGUAUUUAUAUUUAGUGGAAACAAUGACAACAUUUGUGUUAUGACUUCAUACAGUAAUAAUUAUGAUUUAUAAUAAGCAAUACCUGCUGAUCCGAAUGAAAGCAUUUUUAUAAAUAAAUGAUUAAUUUAAAUUAUUUUA